AUGGGAAUGUUCGAAUUAUGGAAGCGUAAGGGUCGCGUCCUUCCGUUAUUUUGCAUGGUCGCCCUGCUUGCGCACGGCAACUGUCUUCGUCUGUCCAACUCGUCCGUCUGCACAGCCUUCCUCGCCUCAUCUAUGCCUAUUCGAGGAUCGGUGCAAUGUAUGAAAUCUCAAGAAGAUGAAUUGGGUGGUAUGUCGCCUGCCGAUGAUGAAUAUUACAAACAUGAUGCGGGUGGCUAUUUUAUGGACGAUGCGCCUCGCGCUCCUGAAGGGAUGUCUCCCACUCUCAAUACGGUGACCCUGUGCGGGCGUAUUGGUUUUAUUGAUCAGCCAGUAUCGCUGGGUAACGGUAACAAGGCACUGCGGUUGUCCAUAGCAACAAACGACGUAGGUUUAAGCGUAUGGUUUAACAGUUUGAAGCGCGGCCGCAUGGGAGCUGUGAGAACAUCGUGGCACAAAGUUGUGAUUUAUGGUCAGGGUAACGUGGAUUAUAUCCAAUCUCGUGCUCGCGUGGGAGAACGUGCGCUCGUUGUUGGGGCCCUGUCGUACUACACUCCUCAGACGCCUGACGGCAUGCCAUACAGAGCGAAGAUAGCCGAAGUUGCCGUUCGGCAACGUUGGUCAGGCCACACAUUCAUUCUUAUGCCCCGCACAUCUCAGCUGGGCGACGACUACGCAAACCACCCCGUAGAUGGUGUCAGUGACAGCUACAGCAAUCCUUAA